CUGUGUUAACCUAGGUUUUACCAUGUUUUACUAUAGGCAAAGGACAAACCUUAUAGAUAGGUCUCUACAGAAUUUUGUUUCUACUAAUGUACUGUACUAUCAACAAUGAUUUGUUUAGUGUUUUUCAAACAGAAAUUAUAUGCAACUUUAGAAUUGAAAUAAUUAAUUAAGUUAGCUCCUAUCAAAAACUGUAUUGAAAAUUAAUAAGCAAAUUAUCUUUAUCAACAAUUAAAAUGUCCAUGAAAAUGAAUCAAGUAAAAUUUAAAUAUACUAAGAAGCCCAUUUGCUCAUUGAAGUAUGAAAUGACAAAAAGAAAGGAAAAGUGGAAAGCUAUUAAUGAUCCUGCGGAGAGACAACUUUCAAUUCCGCUAGAAGCGCAAUACUCAGUGGUUCAAGAGUGUGUAUCUGAAGCAGUGUACAACAGUCUGGCUACCAUGUUGGACAUGCCUCAGCUUAGCGGAGAGACUACGUUGUCUCCAUCUGUAGAGACAAUCGUACCUUACAACCCACCUGAGACAACCUUGCCGACUGAUGUACGAGACAGCGUUGAUAAAAGGACCAGAGCGUCCACAGUACAAAGCGUACUGUCUGGAUACUCAACACCUUCUCAAUAUGAAUCUCUUACAAGAACGGUUGUGUCUCAAACAGAAAGUCAAAAUGAGGUUCAGGUCGAACCUGAGAAAAAUGAGGACAUUUAUGAUUACGAUGGCUCUUCAGAUGUGGUUGAAGUGGAAAGCAAAGUUAAGUUUGACCGGCAAAUGAUGUUACGCCAAAAAGCAAUCUUAAGGUUCCUCAAUCUGCCAGAGGAAGAGGCUGCGUCUUGGAGAGUGAAAGAUGCUAAAGAUGUCAGUGAUCUCAGGCAGAUGACACUGGAGGAGAAGGGUGACUUCCUAAUCAACAAGAUUGCUGUUGACUUCUGCAAGUGGAUCAAGGAGCUGGGUGGUGACGAGAAGUCAUUUAUUAGCGAGGAGAUUGUCAAAGAACUGUUCCAAAUUGGAAUGGACAACCCAGCAUCUCGAGCGAUUUGCAUGAAAACCAGGGAGAAGAAAGUCCUCUACUAUAACCUGGCGACAUUCCUGUAGAUGCCAGAAAAAUCUUUCCACGAAGUACUUUUAAAACACUUAAUAUGGGACGCAGAAAUUGAGAAGAAACCGUCCAGACUAACAGCAUUCGGCCGAGUUUUGCCAAAGUAUUUACGCUUUAAAACUCCGAAGAACAAAACUUCAGAAACUUGGCUGGAAUGGAACAAACUGUCAGAGGAGCAGCUUAGCUUUGCUGAUGUUUACAAGGACAUCAAAGAUUUGAGGUCAACAAAAGAGUAUUGUAGAUGGAUGACAGCACACCCUGAGCAUAAGAGACCUCAGUAUCUUGUCGACCAGCAUAUGUUUGAAGAUCCCCAACUCUUGGAGCCGCGAGCAGGUUCCCCUCGGUAUACAAUUUAUAGGCUGAGUUAAGAUAGAUACAAGACGCAACAGAAGAACUUGAUUAAUAAUAAUUAAAUUUGUUUUAAUGUAGAAAAAAUAUACAGAGUCCU